AUGGAAAUUUCUUGCGCUCGCUUCUGGUCCAUCAUCGUUAAGUAUGCACUUGUUCUCCAUUGGAUUCAAGUUACAGAUAGCUCUGUGAUGACUGUGAUUCCAAUCUUUCAUACAUCCAACUUUUUUGUGUCCGAUCCUACCAAAUUUGACUUAAUGGGAUCCAUUCUGGAAGCUAUGCUACUCAAGAAGGGUAAUGAAGCUUCUGGAUCGAAAAGAAAAAGAAAACUGGAUGACGAUGAAGAAGAAGAAGAAGAAGAUAUAUCUGCAGGGGCAACGCUUAAAAGAAAAACUUGUGACAUAGAGCUUGAUGAAAUUGUGUGUGUUGCUAAAGAAGGUGAAGCUCAUGAAAAGGAGGCUCUUGAUGCACAGGUCGCCCUUGAAACACAGAAGGCCGACUUCCCUCCUUGGUCUAUUGAGUGGAUUCUGAAUGAAGCCAUUGAGAAUCCGAGUGUUUACUGCUUGGAGCCAGUUGUUUCAUUUGACUUGGAAAACACUUCAGAUUCUCAACUUUAUCUACCAAUCACUCCAAAGUACUUUCUGUUCAGAAGUUUUGAAAAGAUUGAGAAAGCUUCGGUUUCGCAUAAUGUGUAA